AUGCCGAGUCAACGCGGCGUCGACGGGUGUCUUCAAUGGAUUAAGGAUGAGCGGGAGGUCCUGAGCGAUGCUGAUAUGGGCAGUAACAUGACCACUGUCCAACUGGCCAUAGAGGACCAAGCCAAGAGAAAUACGGCCAUCAGACAAUACAGGGAGCAGAUUGGCAAUGCUGUGGCGGAGAACGAUGCCACUGAAUCUGAAUAUGCAAAGCUUCAUGCACAGUACGUUGCACUGACGGUAGGCUACCGCAGACAAGAGAACCCACUGUCUAGAAACACUGUCAAAAGUUUCAAGUUUAGAAGAGUAUUGUUCGGACAAAUAAACACAGACAAACCUAAGCAUCUCAAUGGGGCACCAGUGGGGGAUUCCCUGUCCACGACAUAUGCGGCUCAGGAUUGCAUAUUCGCGGUGCGGAACAACUGGGCGUGGAUCCAGACUGUGGCUAAAUGCAUGGACACCCACCUGGCAAACGCCGCCGCCUACCACCAGUUUUACCAUGAAGUAGAAGAGUGCGAUUACUGGAUGAACCUUUGCCUGGCCACCCUUUAUAAAAAGUUUGCAGACAGAGAUAUGGAGGGAGACAGGCAAAGUGCAAUGCGCAUGCUCAAGGAAUUAGGGGAGACGCUCCAAGCCUAUUUACAGUGGCAGGCCCGUGUGGAUGAUUUAUACGACAAAAGUAAAGACAUUGUCCCUGUUAAAAUGAGGACGCAAGCUUUAAAAGAUCCUAAACCAGUUAGAGCGCUCUGUGCAUACAAGGCAAAUGGCGUCCAGAUACAGGACGGAGAAGAUCUGACACUUUUAGACAACACAGAUCCAACAAAGUGGAAGGUAAAAACUAAGAAGGGUCCAGAGCUGUUUAUACCUGCAGUGUGUGUUCUGAUACCACCAAUGGACGUAGACGCAGUAGAGGCAGCAACAAGAUUACGGUUACAGUUGCUGGCCAUUUGGACACAGUGUGUGAAGAGACUAGGAAAACAGAUGAUCACUCUCAUGCAACUAGUUUUUAGAGAUUGGAGUACUGAGGAGCCUUUUAGUACAGAAGAGCGGCAACAGAUCGCUCUACUUAGGUCGUUACCUAAUGGCAAGAAAGACAUGCUUCUCAAAAUAAUGGCACUUAUAGAAGAGACUUUGGGGAAGCACUGGAAAGAUUACCCACAAUUCGAGGAGCUUCUGGAACGAUUUGGAAGGCUGAGGAUUAUUCUACGCCAGGAACCGGUGGUGGACAUUGAAGACGAAGCAGUGGUUACCACUAUAGUUGUACAGAUCGGGACUUUGGAAGACCUAAUGAGAAAAUACGAGGACUUCUGGAUCUACUGGCAGACGUACAAAGUGAUACUGGAGACUCUUCGCCAGCCUCAUUUCAUGUUGAUUGUAGACAAGUGGGAACAGCUUAGAUUUAUCUCUACGGCACAUUUCGUCAAAUUCUGGCAGACUGAAAUUACCGUUGACGACAUCGAGAAGAGCGAGGAAAUAUCCGUGAUCCACGAGACCCCCAAGCAGUCCCUCAAACCCGUGGACGUCCUGGACGCCGAUCUCAGCCUUAGCACCGAAGAGAGAAAAGCCGAGACUCAACAGUAUGUAGAAUCGGAGCAGGAGGAGCAGCGGAAGUUCAUCAUCAAGGGGGUUACGGACCCAGUUUCCGGUAACGUGAUCAGUAUGCAGCAGGCGAUUGGCAUGGGCGUCAUCAACCAGGAGACCGGAUGUUACGUCAAUAAAGUUACAGGCGAUUCCAUGCCCAUCCCUCAAGCCAUGAACGAAGGGCUGAUUCAGGUGGAGUUUGCUACAGCGAAGAGGAGUAAAGAGAAGAAGAAAUCCAUAGGAGUUAUCACCAUAAAAACCGAGAGACAAAACAAACCUUACUCCAUCGUCGGUGCGGUCAAUCCUAAAACGGGAGCCGAAAUCAGCGUUGCUGUCGCCUUGGAACAGGGGUUACUCAACGAGUCACGGGGAGUGUACGUCCACCCGGUGACCAAGCAAGAAAUGACCUUAUCAGACGCUAUAGACGCUGGGCUACUCCUGGUCAAGUUUGACGAAAACGUGGAAGCCGAUGUAACCACAAAGACCUACGCUAUCCACGCUGUCGUGGACCAGCGGCGGAAGGCACGUGUCUCAUUCCAAGAGGCAGUUGACCAUGGUCUCCUGGACCGGGACACGGGGUCCUAUGUUAACAAUGUCACUGGAGAGAAGAUCUACGUGGCUGACGCCAUUAUGAGGGGGUUCGUUAAAGCCCACGAGGUGGACGACCCCAGUAAAUUAGACAUAGACGCUGAGAAUAAGAUCGUCGUGGAAAAAAUGGAAAAUAUGAAGAAGAAGUUGUUAAAGCCAAUGAAGGCUCUCAACGCGUUCAGAUCAGCGGUUAAGGCUAGUAAGGUCCCCAAUGGAAGUGUAAGCGCCAAAAAGUAAACAUUGGGGAUUAAUUCUUACUGUUAAAGAUGCCAACAGACCGGGAUUAAUAGUGAAAGGCGACUACGAAUGCGACAAUAUUCGGUGAUAGGAAAUGACGCAGCGUUCCUUUUCGCAGUGUGCCAUACGAGACAUUACUAAAAACAUCGGCGGAAUCCUUGAAAUAUAUUUAAUGCCAAAUGAAAGUAAUAAAAACACUGUUUGAAGAGAAUUCCGUCGACGACUAACAUAGAAACUAAUAUAAUACUGUUAUUGCCAUCCAGGGCUUAACAUAACAAAAUAAUAAAAAAAUGAAAUAUUAUUUUAAAAUAUUAGCCAUCAGAUUUUUAUAAAUCUUUUUUUGCAAUUUAUAUGAAUAUGUGUAUACGUGUAUUUUAACGGGAUAAAUUAUUUGAUUAACGCGAGAUAAAAAUAGGUAACGUGUGCUUUAAAGUUCAUGAUGCUGCUUUACGAUACAAAGAUAAGAUAUUGAAGAAUUUUCAUUGACUGUUCCAUGUGUAACAACAUACGGCUUGUAUAUAGAGCGUGAACUUUCUGUGUCUGUAUAUUUGUAUUUCUAUAUAUGGUUUUUUAAUGUUUUGGAAAAUGAUUAACGCUUCUUCGGACCAAUAGAACAGUAAGUGAAUCUUGAAGUACCUGUUCAAAUAUUAGAUACAAGAAUGUUAACAGUUAAGUUAUAGGGACACGUCAUGUUUUAUUUAUUGAAGGAAAUUGCUUUGUAAAGGCCUUUAUACAUGUUGUUCGAACCAGCUUUACCUCUUAAAAAUGUUGUUUUUAUUAGUAGAAACAAUUUGUAACAUGUUUUUAUAGUUACACUGGAAGCAAGUGCUCUCACUUUAUUUCGUUAUUCCUCGUUGCACUUUGUGUAUUUUAAUAUAUUUGCACUUUGUGAACAUCAUUUUUGAUUUGUUACUCAUCUAAAAACUGUUCCUUAUCGGC